AUGUCUGAACACAUCUCAUUGGAAGACGCCCUCGCCAACCUUCUGUCGGCCAAGGCAAAGGUCAUCUAUUCUCUGAACUCUGGCAAUGGUAACGAUGCGAUAUAUUGGAGGACCGAUCCUGUUAAAGGCCAAACGGCGCUGAAUAGAGCCGUGAAAGCCGUUGACGGCGAACUACGAACUCGCAACGGCCCGCGCGAUGUUCUAGCACUCGUCAGGCGAAUCUUUUAUUUCUUCGAUCACCACUCAGCUCUAAACCCGAUCAGCAACAGUGGAAUGGUCUUGCCCCUCCCUUCUCACACAGUGCAACCAUUGCCACUGCCCUAUCAGUGGAGCCCUCAUCCAUCGUCUGUUGGAGGUGGGCUGCUCGUUCAAGGAAGUUCUGCUCAUCCGCCAGUCCAUCACGAAGUACAGCGUGGCCGCUACGGAGAGGCUCCUGUCACUGCGCCGACGUUCCAAGUUCCUUAUACCGGCAACAGUCAGCCUGGAUGGCCGAGCAACUCGUCUGUUGGAGGUGGGCUACUCGUUCAAACUCAUCCGCCAGUCCAUCACGAGGUACACCGUGGCCGCCCACUCUACCGCUACGGAGAGGCUCCUGUUACUGCGCCGACGUUCCAAGGUCCUUAUACCGGCAACAGUCAGCCUGGAUCGACGAGCAACAUAUGCGUUCCUCAAUCUUGUUUUGGUACCCGUUCGUCUUGGUCUCUUGCUCACGACCCGCUCACGUCUCUUAACUUGCCCGUCUCCGUUCUGUAUCAUGUUUGA